GGAACAUCAGUUCGCGCGAACUGCAAAAUAUCAACAGAAUUUUGCUAAAUUUUAUGCUAGAUUCUAUAAAUUCGAAAGUCUGAAAGAUUUUUAAAACGUUUCACCGGUUGCAUUCCGUUUUGAGGCUAAACGAAGUAAAGGUCAGAUGGGUAUUCACGGUUUGACAAAACUUCUUGGUGAUUGUGCGCCUUCUUGCAUGAAAGAAAAUGAGAUAAAGAAUUAUUUUGGUAGGAGGACAUUUUGAUACUUUUAGCUGUUUAUAUGUUGUUAUUAUAUGUGAUAUUGUGAUAGUACAGAGUAUAGGGAAGAGCAAAAAUUCAAGAAAUAGGGAAAGGGUUAUAAUGUAGCAAUGGAAGAAAUGGGAAGAAAUUCUGGUAUUCUAAUUGUUUCUUAUCUUUCAAUCGUGCCAUGUUCAUUAUAGUAUUUUAUUAAAUAGAUAUGUAAUUUAUAUUGUGACGAAGUUUAUAAAAAAAAUUUUAAAAAAUGUGAUCAGCUGUUGUUUGUUUGUUUGUUUGUUUGUUUGUUUGUUUGUUUGUUUGUUUGUUUGUUUGUUUUUUUUUUUUUUGGAGGGGGGCAAACCGUGAAUGAAGUAAAUACAGUGGAACCCUGAAUUUUGACCACCCUGGUAAUAUGUUCACCUCUUUAUUAUGGCCAUUUUAUAUUUUUGAAGUGUCUAUUCAGCCGGCAGACGGUUAUUUAGAUAAUGACUAUAGUUACAUAUAAAAACAUUUGUUUGCACUAGUUUUACCGAGCUUGCCGUUAGUGCAUACGGCAGGGGCGCUGCGUGCGGAAAGGGAAACCCAGCCGGGGUCGGUUUGUGUUUUUAACGUUUGACUUAGCAUAUUUUUUUCUUAAAUUUUUUUCAACUUUUUUUCUGCCUUUUUAACUCUCAAAAGGUUGGGUUAGGGUUAGAGGAGGGUUUGGGGUUAGGGAACGGUUUAUCUUAUAAAAAUUCAACUUUAAUUAUAGUCACUAUAUAGCCGGCAGUUUACUAAAUAGCCGGCUAUAUAGACACUUCGUUAUAUUUUUCUCCCCGAAAAUUUUAUAUAAAUUUCCACUUGAUAAUUUCCAUCUAUGAGACCCUUCAAAUCGUAUUGAAUUGAUUCAGAUACCAGCAAAAUCUCGAUUCUUAAAGAUACCCUGUUAAUACUGCCACCCCAAGAAUAUGGGUCAAAUUUCUUUACAGUAAUAUGUGUAACAUAAGCAGAACCUUCGAGCAGAGGCCAGUUAAGGUAAUUCUGCAGUAAUUGUUCCCGAAAUGAGAAUGUGCUAAAACUUCCCAGGCAUGGAGUUUAUGAUAUAUUUAAAGUAAAAUCACACAAAAAAGUCGGGGUCACCGAACACGUUAAGAAGAUAUGACAAUCACAAUAUACCACCUUUACCCCAAUAUGGCGCCAUCUUGAUGCUCAUUACGAGCAGGGUGUUAGCCAGAAGUAAAAAAAAAAUCUGCGUUUACUUGAAAUUGGGAAAUUUAUUUUAGCCUGAAGUCGGGCAUUUCUUUGUGGGUCUGGGGCCCCCUCUCGAUUUUUAAAAUUUUUGUGUCUUUGAAAUGGCAUUUCGAAGUAAUUUUGGGAGUAAUUUUGAGCAAAUGUAGUUAUAAACAUGUUUUUAAUGGCGUAUUAACAACAUUCAAUUUCUAUAACUCUUUUUUGGCUGAGCAAAAUUGGGAAAUUUGCGACCUCAAGCUAAUUGGGAAAACCGUGUUUAACAUGGAAUUUUUGACUGUAGCUAAGUACCCUGAUGAGUAACAGCAAAAUCACAACAGCCCGAUAUUUAUUGACGUUUUUAGCGCGGAUUUUUCUUUAGUAAACCUAACUUGUAAUUAUUUUUGAAAAAAUAUUGUGUUUUGAGCAAAAUGAAACUAAUAACGUGUACAAUUCUGAUCCACAAAUCUCUUUUCCACAUUUCUUUACAUAUCUUUCUUUGAGAAUAUGCAUUGAUAAAGGAUUUUUUUUCAAGAUCCAGAAAUGAUUUUUCUUUUAAUUUCGGAUAUGAAAUGUAAAAUAUUAAAGAAUUAAAUUAUUAGUCAAAAACCGGGGGUCAUCGAUCGUUUUAGGGAAUUGUGGCAUUAAAACGUGAAAUACAAGUAAAUAAAUAUACUACAGACACAGGGAACCCUAGCUACACUUUUGUAUGCCUUUUUUGAAAACAUUGAUUUUAACGUAAUUCUUUGCACGAAUGUAACCAAAGAUGUUUUGAAGUAACAUAAAAUUGUCAUAAAAUGUUUUUUUUAAACGGUACGUAUAAUGGAUGAAAUUAUAAGUUAUAAGAUGUGCGUAGUAAAAUUGCAAAACUGCGGAAUUACCUUAAAGUCCUACAGGUUGUCCUUCACAUUGCAACAAUAUUUUUGUUGACACGAAACUCUUUUGCCUUAUGUUUGUUAACCCAUUUACUGGCAGUACUCUACCACUGACAAGUAAAACCGUCUGGCAUUAAACAGAGUAAAUACUAAACUAGGGUGCAUUUGCAUUCACAUUGCCAGUCAAUGGGUUAAACCCUUUCACUUGAGUUUAACAUUCUUUCGUUUAACCUCCCUUCAGGUCGAAAGGUUGCCAUUGAUGCAUCGAUGAGCAUUUAUCAGUUUCUUAUCGCAGUCCGAAGUGAUGGAAGUCAACUGACAAACGAGGCAGGAGAGGUUACAAGGUGUAAUAUAACUUCAGACUUUAUUGUAGGUGUAUAGAAGGGAAAAAAUUAGGGGGACAGACAAAAAUUGCAUGAAGUGGAUGGAGAUUGCCAAUUUUUAAGUAGAAUUGCCUGACUAGCUCCCCCCAGCCCUCCCCCUCAUACACCUAUGGACUAUAUAGAAUCUAUUAUACUUUACAUGUUUCAGCUUAGAAUGUGAAAUUGUGUCUGUGUUGUUUAUCAAGUUAAAAAUAUUCUUGUUUUCUGUUAACAGCCAUAUUAUGGGCAUUUUUUAUCGAACAAUAAGAAUGGUGGAAAAUGGUAUUAAACCAGUGUAAGUU